AUAUAAAGACCUCGUGGUCCCAACUUUGGGAGACAAAAAGAAACUGUCACCAGAGGAGAGAUGCCGCUCAGUUCUGCAACAGUUCAAACUCCAGGGAUGGCAGAUGGGCAGUAGUAAAGUGUUUCUGAGAUACUGGCAGGCAGACCAGCUCAACGACCGCUGCUACCAGCUUCAUAAAAAGAUCAUCACCUGUCAGAAAGUGGUGCGUGGCUGGCUGGCCAGACAGCGUGUUCAGCGCAGGCUGUCAUUACAGCAGAAAGAGGAGUGCUGUGUGCAGCGUUUCCUGCAGGGGGCAGAGGACAUGGGUCUGCGAACCUAUGACCAGUUGGUCAUCCAAAAUGCAUCUGACAUCGCAAGAGAGAGCGACCGCCUGCGCUGCCAUGGUAGCAGCCUUGUCAACACCCUCAGCAACAGCCCGCCACUUGGUGAAAGGCCUGAGCCAGUGGGCAAAGAGGAGGAUCAGCCCACCAGGAGGGUUGUAGAGAAAAGUGGGAAAAUCUAUGAGGGUCCUCUCAGCGGGGGCAACAGAGUGAUUCGCCACUUUCGGUCUAGCUCAGUACCCAUCCCCAUCGCCAUAGAGAACAUGGUCCAUUCUUCUGCCAUCAAACCAGUCGUGCAACAGGUAGCACAUACCAACGAGGAUGGGGCAGGCGGGGGAGGUCUUUCCUCUCCUCGGAAGCAACCUCCUCCCAAACCAAAGAGGGACCCCAACACUCGUCUGAGUGCAUCUUAUGAAGCUGUUAGCGCUGGGUUGAUGAUGGCAGCGAAAGAGAGCCCUACUCCAGAGGGGUAUGGGUCGCCAGCUGGAAGCCCUCCUAAAUUCCAGCUGUCCCCCACAGACCCUGCAGCCUUGUCCAAGCCCCGUCCUCACAGUGAUGACUACACAACCAUGAGGAAGGUUCCGCCUCCAAAACCUAAGCGCAGUCCCAACACUAAGCUGACAGGCUCAUAUGAGGAGAUCAACGCUGUAGCUCCCCACAUCCACCAGCUGCGUCCUGCUGAUGUAAAGUUGGCCUUGCUGUCCCGUGCUGGUGGAUUUGGAGGGUUUGGUGGUUUGAUGCAGAGAGCUGCCUCUGUAGAUGCCCCACAAGGGGUAGGACUGAGCCUGUACCAGAGCAAAGACGAAGAGGACGUGUACAUAGAGAUGUUGGGCUCCCAGCCACGGGCUCGCAGCCUCCAGGAGCCCCCUGAUAGCCCAGAGCAGGCUGACUACGAGGCCGUCUAUGAGGAGAUGAAGUACUUCCCUCCCGAAGACGGUGGAACUCCUGCAGCUGUGGUUAGCAAGGCAGCCAAACGAGAGGGUCUAGGUUUGGGCCUGGUGGGAUUAGGGGCAUCUCCUCCUCAGAGCGGGGAGAGCACACGGAUGUCAGCUGGGGUGACCGCUGCCAUGGACAUCACUCUCUCACAGAGCAGCGGAACUCCCAAAACUCAGCACGGCAAAGAUGGCAGCUGUGACAUACCUGCUCCCUUCCCCAACUUGCUUCCCCACCGUCCACCUCUCCUUGUGUUUCCCCCCUCACCCGUCACCUGCUCUCCUGCUUCAGACGAGUCACCCCUCACCCCACUAGAGGUAAAAAAGCUGCCUGUGUUUGAGACAAACCUCAACUAUGCUACUGGCCCAGACAGCCCGCUGUCCCCGCAGUAUGCCCGCCAGAGGGCUGACUCCUCCCCUAGCCUCACUGUCCUCAUGCCAGAGAAGAAGUCUACACCUCCACUUACCCCUCCACCUCCGCCUCCUCCCCCCAGUGCCCCACCUCCCCCCUACAGACCUCCUUCCCACUUCCCCUUCCCGCCUGAGGCCGGCCUCCUGGCUCUGACGCGAGCAGCAUCUGUCACAGGGAGCUCAGACUCCCCCAAAACCUCAUCCUCUCAAAGGGCAAGUGGGGAACCACUUGGGAAGCCACCUCCCUACUCCCCAGUGAAGAUGUCUCGUGCUGAGCCUCGGAGAGCGCACUCAUGCUCCUCCUCUCCCCUGCUGUUCAACCCAGCAAAUGGUAGACCCCUAACCAGCCCACUGGAUGAGCUCAACACUCUGUUCAGCUCUGGACGCAGUCUGCUCAGGAAGUCCACAUCUGGCCGCAAGAUGAGAGAUGGAGGAUUCAAUUCUAAUAUCAAUCUGCCAGGGAGGGAAGAUUGUGGCUCUGCCCCCACCUCACCAUCUCUGCAGCUACAGGACAAGAACGCCAACAACCACUCUUCUCAUUCACCAAGCCCCGCCCCCGUAGAGAAUGGCAACCAGAUUUCUAAUGGGACGCUGGAGGACGAGAGUCACAGCAAGUCAAAUUCCUCCAGCUCCACCUCUCUACACAGACACAUGGACAGCCAUCAUACUCAGGUGUUCCAGCGGUUUUGUCUGUCCAACGGGAAUGAGAGGGCCGCCCUUGGGGAGCUUCUGCGAUGGCGGCAAGUGCAGUGUGAGGGGCGGGGCGACUGGAAGCACCGUCCACCUCAGUCCCCACCCCUGCCCCCCACGCUGCUCUGGACCAACAGGAAGGCCUCUCCAUGAAAGAGGUCGUGUGAUGCAUUCACAUGUACUGGAUAUGAUGUUCUUUCCUCCCUUUCUAUUCAGCCACACUCGCACAUGCUCUUUUUUUAUGUGGACCAAGUAACCUCAGUGCCCAGGGGCUAGGUUAAAGCUUCAAGCCCCAUAGCAUGAGCCUUGUCCCUGGGCUGAAGGUCCUGCCCCUGCGCCUUUGACCUCAACUGUGGAGGAUUCCCAAACCUAUAUGAUAGAAGCUCAGCACUCUGUGACACUGACUAGUUUUAUUUAUCAACAGUGAGCAGAAAGCAGACACAGUAGAGGUUCAUGGGGAGCUGCUUUUUUGUGUCAAUCACAUUAUUAUUUAUUUUCAGUUCCUCUGAGACAAAAUGUAUGAUGAGGCUGAAUUAAAGAGCAGGCUAGCAAUGUUUUGAUAGUAGUCAGAUACUAAAUGGCUCUUUUAGUCUGUCUGAAUCCUAGCCUAUCAUGUUGUUCUGCUGCAAUCAAAGGAGCUCCUCCCCAAAACAUGGUGCUGCUUAUACUUGACAUGCCGUCCUAUGAUGUUCCCAUGAUUGCUUGUGUGUGCAUCCCCGAGUCUCAGUCCUCUCUGAAGUUUACAAGUCAGCCGACGCCUUCGGACACCUCCAGUUUUUAGCAUCAGUGUACUGGCUUAUGGGACAUGGGACUUUUUCAGGUACGCAGCUCUCACUUAGCCUUUCUCACAUUUGGGCUCUAAGUGCUGCUGCAGCCCUGGCAACGAGUGACCAGGGCUCAGGGUAACCUCAGUAUAAUAUCCCAAGGUGCACUUCACUUCCCCCAUUGUUACCAGCCUUUGAGGAACAAAAACCUCUGGCCAAAAUGCAAACUACUGCACUAACCUUUACUAGGAAAGGGGGAUUCAACAAAAAACCUGCUUUGGUUUAAGGUAAAAAGGUAAAGCUAAAAUAACAGCUUUAGCUGACAGGUAUAUAGUUCAUGUUGUGUACAUGAAGCUCUGUGCCAAAGUGACAAAACCCUUGAACGAUACAUCUAAACCAGUGGUUCUGAAACAUUUUCUGUCAUGCCCUCUUCAGAAGCUGAAAAAGUUAAUUGAACAACCCAGAAUAAGGGGAUUUCAUAUUUUUUAAAUAAAUUGAAGAUUCAGAUUAGUAAAAUUAGCAAAAAAGUCUUGAUAACAUCAGAGCGCUGGUGUUUGUUUAUGUCACCAUAUGAAUCAUAUUCAUGCAACUUAAGGUCUGCUUAACGUUGACCACCCACCCGCUGUGGCUCUACGCCCCCCAGUUUGAGAACCACUGGUUUAAACUAACAAGUAUAGUUAUAAAAAGUGAUGCACACAGUAGUCCCCAUAUAUAUGUACAGACUGACAUACAUGACCAAACCAUAGAUGUUACUGCGGUUCAGGGUGAAUCAAUGAACCGUUUUUAAAUAGAUCAAAAGAACAUGUCAAAAAGAAGGGAGAAAAACAACAGUCUACACUUGACAGGUGGUGACUUAACUCUCAUUGUGUCUCAUCAACACCAGAACAAUUUCAUGAGUUCAGUGUUGUUCAGGAGACUGUGCAGAGCUCAGAAACUCACGCACAGAUGAACUCGACUAUUGUACAGAUGUCCUCCAGCGUGGUUGUGUCCGCACAGACGCCCUUUACUUCCCGUGUCCUCCCUUCAUCUCCUUCCCCAAUUUGACCCCAACAAACCGGACCCUCCCCCCACGUUCCUAAUGGAUCAAACCGGCUCUACGGGUGUCUCCAUGGUAAACACUCUGUAAAUAGUAACCAGUGUUGUAUGUUCUACCUUUUACUAUAGCAGAAAAGCACAGAGAUUGAUUUGAAAGAUGAGGAAGAGAUGAGAUAAUACUGUCUAUGAUGGUGAAACUGAGAUUUAAGAAUGUCUUGGGUUAGAUGCAAUGACUGAGGUAAAGAGAAGAGGUUUAUUUUAAAAUGUGAAUCUUUUUUUUUUAGAAUGAUUGUCUAUGGCUAUGAAAUCCUUUAUACUCUAUUUAAUAGUAUUUGUUUAUUCCCUUCUGUUCCUAUGAUGCAAGGCAGAUGUUUUCAUUGUAUAUGGAUGUUUUUAUUGCACAAUAUUUAUGUGGUGUUGUGUUGACUUCUGUAAUGGGCUGGGUGUGUCUCAACAAGCUGUUUGAUCUUUGAAGAUCGGUCUGAAUUAUUAGAGCCGCAAAGUAUCAAUAGCUCUAAUUGAUUUCUCAUCCCCACUGAUCACCCACAAUGUGUCUGAUUGAUUCAGCCUUAUGAAUUAGCAGCACCGUCACAGGAUCGAUCUCAGCUGCUGUCCAUGCAGGUGCACAAAUAUUCAAGAGGAAUUAGUAGAGACAACUGAUACUACAGAGAUGGCAAAUGAGCUGAGCUGUGUUUUGACUGACUGGCUGAAUGUACAAAUGCAACAUUUUCUUUCACUGCCUGUGCACAUCAAUGACACCCUGUGUAUCUUAUUACUGGAACAUGCGCCUGUAUCUAAACAGUGUACCUGACUGCUUAAUGUGAUUAUUGUCUUCAGAAGUUAUGUGUGCAGUUAAUAUUUUUAAAGCAAGUUAAUAAUGACGCAGCAAGGUAUUGAUUUGCUCCAUGACUCACACCUCGUGUGCUGUGAUUGGGGUUGCAUGAGUGCAUUGCAGAACUAUGUCAAACAUUUUCAUCAUAGUAUGAUUCAGCUCAUUCACACAAGGACUUAAACCUGAUCAAACAAAAUAGAAAGGUCAAGCCAAGAACCAAGAUCAUGCUAGUCAACUUGCCAAUGCCAGUGAAAGACAAUUUAUAGCCUCUGUAUUGAGUCUUCAUUAUAACUCCGUCAGUCAUGUGCAUUAUGGUUUUGUGUAUUACCAUGUUUACUGAUUUCAUGAAAUGAGAUGUUUUUUAUUGACUUUUAAAGCAUAUGAGUGCUUUUUACCUUGCAUGACCACAUGUUGGGCCUGGCCCCUUUAACAUGUUCAUGCUGAAAAGAUAAAAGUGGCUGUCUAAUAUGAAGAACUGCUUCCCACUGCACUGUGAAUCACUGCACUGUCCCCUGUGUCUCGUCUAAACACUCGUCAUCCAUUUACAUCCUCCUUUAACUCGACCGACCCACAGACAUAUCAGUUCCAUCAUAUACAAUCCCAGAUGACCUAGCUCAGUCUGUCGUUAACCGUUACCAAACUCUGGCAGCCAGAUUACUGCCAGUCAUCAUUGUUAGUCAGGAAUCUAAAAAUCCUCCGCUCUGAGAUCAGCUCUCUGGUGCUACAGCCAGUGCGGAAUGGACGUUUUAUUUGUCCCCAGUCCAUGUAUAGUUGUCCGGAGAGACACAGUAUUUUAGCACCUAAACAGGGGUAUCUCACUGCCUUUCAUAGUGUUGUUUUUUUAUCGUAGUCUUUCUUUUGUACAUGACACACAGUAUAUUUUAACCUGCAUACAUAUGUGUUUGUGGAAAGAAAAGAUUGUAUGUGAUGUUUCAUAAUUAUUAUCUUCCCAAUGUUUUAUAAGUACUGUACCUGUACAGCAAUAAAGCACAAUUGUGUCAAUGCCA